AUGGGCUCAUGUAAUCAAUGCCUGUAGAAGCAAGAGCCACUCAAAUCAGGAAGGAUUUAAAACAUAUUUUUUAAGUAAUCCCCAUAAAACCAUAGAAUGGCAAUCAAAAUUUAAUAAGCCUAUAGAUCUUACAUUAUCCGAUCAAAAUUAAACUUAAAAUAGGCAGAAAAAAAAGCAAGGAACCAGAUUAAAUGUAAUUCAACUGAGGACAUUAUUGUUGAGUAUCAUACUAACUCCUAUUCUCCAAAAAUUCAUUAGUCUGAAGUUUCCAAUACUGUUUCCAGCUUCCAAAACAAUCAAAAGGAAAAGGCUCAUCAAAUUUUUAAUCGUCAACUAAGUCUCAAAUUAGAUCCGAAAGAAAAUGAUUAAUAGGAAUUUGAAGAACUGAUCUUUAACGACUAAACUGCUUUUUAAUAAUAUCUACAAUCUUCUAUUAAUUGUAUUGGAGCUCUCAAGAAUCAAAAAGAAAAAAUUAAUUCAUUUAAGUUUUGUUGUGUCUUGACUCUAGAAACACUUGAGUCAAAAGAUUAAAUCAUUUUAAAAUAAAAAAGUCAUAAAAGAACAAAAUUAGACACAAUUAAAUUAAUUGGUGGGAACUCUUAUAAUGGAGAAUGGUUAGAUUCUUUACCGGAUGGGAAGGGCAAAUACACUUUUUCUGAUUCAUCAUAUUAUUAAGGAGAUUUUAGGAGAGGGUUAUUUCAUGGCAAGGGCGAAUUUAAAAGUAAAUAAGGUAGCUAUUAUAGAGGAUAAUGGUAAUAAAAUAAAAUGCAUGGUCAAGGUACUUACAAUUAUAAUAAUGGAUGCAAAUAUGAAGGUAGUUGGGAAAGAGAUCUUCCCAAUGGAUAAGGCAUAGAAUGGUAUGCUAAUGGUUCUGUUUAUGUGGGUACUUUUUUGAAUGGACUAAAACAUGGAAGAGGGAAAUUAACAUUUAAUGUAGGAGAAAUCUAUGAGGGGGAAUUUCAAUUCGAUAAUUUCAAUGGAUAAGGAGUAUAUAGAUGGCAAGAUGGAAGAGUCUAUGAAGGAGAAUGGUAGAAUGGGAAAAUGAGUGGGAAGGGACUCUUGACUUGGCCUGAUGGGCGUUUCUAUAAGGGCUAGUAUUUGAAUGAUCUAAAACACGGUUUUGGGAUAUUUUCUUAUUCUGAUGGUCGUAAAUACAUUGGUCAAUGGAAGCAUGGUCUGUAACAUGGAUAGGGAGAGUUCCAAAAGGGAGAAAAGACAUCAGUUGUUACCAAAGGAAUUUGGAAACAAGGGCAAUUAGUUAAAUUGCUCUGA